CCACUACCUAGUAGAUACUCGUACUAGGAAGUCUUGGCUCUGUAUUCUGUAAACCUGUCUGAUAACUUAUCGCUGUCGCUGUCUACUACUGUUGCUUCCCAGCCAUGUCGGCCUUUACCGAGGAAUGUUACGGCCAGAUGUGCUGGCUCACUAUCCCCGUCAUAAACAUUGACAGGGCCAAGGCCUUUUAUGCCGAAGUCUUCUCCUGGGAGACCAACCCCCAAAGCGUUCCUCACGGGCGGCCCGGCGUCAAAGAGCUAUUCUUUUUCAAUCGUGGCAAAGCACUGAAUGGCGCUUUCUACGUGAUGGAGGAUGGCUUUCACGUCAUCAACCACGCGAUAGGCGCUAGAGAUUGCCUUUCUGUUCAUCCGAGCUUCAACGUCGAGAACUGUAAGAAAACGCUUGAGCUGGUUGAGAAGCUCGGUGGCAAGACGCAACUGCAUAAGACUGAGAUUCCCGGGGACAUGGGGUACUAUGCUCGGUUCAUCGACACUGAGGACAACUUGAUCGGGAUCUGGUCCAAAAUCUGACACUCGGCUGGAAUGACAGCCACUCCCUUAGUUUUUUGUUCAUGAACUAGUCCACGAAUAGUGGGCUGUUUCUGUUUCUCUUACUCUUGUAUUACGCCGAGCAAAGCCAUCACUAUUCCUCGUUGAUGGAAAAAUAGUAGAAAAAGUACAUAUAUAUACCAACUAUCCU